CAUCGCUCACUUAGGAAACUGUUGGAAAAGAACCCAUAUUCAUUCGUUAUUCAGAUCACCUUGUCUAAAAGAUAUUUUACUAAAAAGAAAAUCCCCAUGUCCAUCCGAUCGCUUGCACACCUCCAACGGCGCCAGCUCGGCCUCCGCUCUCCCUUCUCAAUCUUUCGAUUCUUCAGAGUACAGCAGAACCAACCACUACCAAUCAAGCCUGUCCAGAUCCCAGCUGCGGCAAAUGCCUCUCUGGUACACAGCACUCGGAACCCCAAGAAAUGCACGUGCGGAUGGUAUCACUUUUACGGCAAAUGCGGCCACCUGUACCAGCGAUUUGCAGGCACAUGCGGCAGAAAGACGACGAGCUCUGGGCGAAGCGGAUUCUGCACGACGCCUGCACCGAAGAAUGUCAUUUACGGAUAUUAUGUCAACGAGAAGUGCACAAAUGCAAAAUGCACCGUUUGCCGCAGACGAGGCCAUUAGGUUGGGUUGAAUAGAGGGAAGAUGCCAGUGGUUGGUUCAGUCAUUAUAUGUAACCUUCAUAGACACAAGGCUAGACGUAGCGCUCUUUACUGGCAAUUGGACAUAUUUACAUACA